GGUAGCGAACGUGCGUGUGAGUGCGUGCACGCGCGGGGGUAAAAAAACAAUAAAAAAGGGCGCGUUCUGCCGCCGCGGAGGGAGCGCGCGCUUCACGCCCACCGGCGGAGCUACAAAUAAGCGCGAGAUGACGGGUGGAGGGACACUGAGGCGGAGCGCGGCAGCAGCAGCAUGGCGCAAGACCUGGAGCUCGAUGCCUGGGACCUGCAGAGCGAGCUGAACGGCGUGGACCACCGCACCGAGCCGGGCGGCGCCGGGCGGCUGGUGGUGCGGCGCGGCCGGCCGUUCAGCCUGACGCUCCAAUCAGGAGGCUUCCUGCCGGACGGCGGCCUGGCCUGCACCGCGGAGACAGGCCCUCAGCCCUCGGAGCAGUACGGCACCCGGGCCUCGUUCGGCCUGUCGGCCGCCGUGGACGCCUCCCGCUGGAGCGCCGCCAUCACCGGCGCCCCCGGCGCCCCGCUGACGCUGUCCGUGUGCGCCGCGCCCGACGCGCCCAUCGGCCGCUACACCCUGACCCUGGGCCGGUCCGGGCGGGUCCAGUUCAUCCUGCUCUUCAACCCUUGGUGCACGGGAGACGCCGUGUACAUGGAGGACCAGCGGAGUUUGGCCGAGUACGUGUUGGCUCAGGACGGGCUCAUCUACCGGGGCAGCUACAAGCAUCCCGUCACCACGCCCUGGAACUUUGGCCAGUUUGAAAGUGGGAUCCUGGACGUCUGUCUGAGGAUUCUGGACAUGAAUCCUAAACACCUGAGGAAUCCUGGCAAGGACUGCUCGGGGCGGAGGAACCCCGUCUACGUGUCCAGAGUGCUGAGCGCCAUGGUGAACUGUAACGAUGAUGACCGCGGCGUCCUGCUGGGCAAGUGGACGGCGGGCUACGAGGGGGGGGUCAGCCCUCUGUCCUGGGGGGGCAGCGCGGAGAUCCUCCGCCGCUGGGACGCCGCGGCCUGCCAGCCGGUCCGCUACGGCCAGUGCUGGGUGUUCGCUGCAGUGGCCUGCUCCGUCUCCAGAGCUCUGGGCAUCCCCUGCCGGGUCGUCACCAACUACCUGUCGGCCCACGACAACAACGGCGACCUGGUCAUCGAACGCCACGUCAACGAGAAGGGAGAACUCAUCCAGUCCAGAGAAAUGAUCUGGAACUACCACUGCUGGGUGGAGAGUUGGAUGACCCGGCCGGACCUCAAACCGGAUUUUGAUGGUUGGCAGGUCAGUGACCCGACGCCUCAGGAGAAAAGUGAAGGGUGCUACUGCUGCGGCCCCGUCCCCGUCCGGGCCGUGAAGGAGGGCGACCUCACCUUCAAGUACGACGCCCCGUUCGUCUACGCCGAGGUGAACGCCGACGUGGUCACCGUCAUGAAGAAGCCCGACGGCAGCACGUCGAGGGUCACCACCUCCACGGUGGUGGGCCAGAAGAUCAGCACCAAGAGCGUGGGCAGCGACGCCCGGGAGGACAUCACUCACCUGUACAAGUACCCCGAAGGCUCUGAGGAGGAGCGCGAGGCUUUCCAGAAGGCCGACCACCAGAACAAGCUGCUCCAGCAGCGGCAGAGCGGAGGCCUCCGGCUCGCCAUCAAGGUGACGUCGGACAUGAGGAAGGGCUGCGACUUCGACGUGUUCGCCGUGGUGACCAACAACACGAGCAGCGACAAGAAGUGCCGCCUGGUGUUCGGCUCCUGCUCCGUGUCCUACACGGGACACCUGGGAGACAACUGUGGCUUCAAGGAUCUGCUCAAUGUGGAACUCCCCCCGGGAGGAGAGCGGCGAGUCGGGCUCAGGCUGAACUACUCCAAGUACGGCGGCCUCCUGACCGAGGACAACCUGAUCCGCCUGGCGGCUCUGCUGAUGGACUACUCCACGAGAGAGGCGACGCUGGCCGUGAGGAACAUCGUCCUGGAGAACCCGGAGAUCAAAGUCAGAAUUCUGGGCGAGCCGAAGGAAAACCGAAAGCUGGCGGCGGAGAUCACGCUCCACAACCCGCUGCCGGAGACGCUGGAGAACUGCUGCUUCAGCAUCGAGGGCGCCAACCUCACCGCGGGGGGCGUCAUCUCCGAGAGGCUGGGCUGCUCCGUGGGACCCGGGGAAGACGCCAAGGUGACGGUCUACUUCACGCCGACCCGCUCCGGCCUCAGGAAGCUGCUGGUCGACUUCAACAGCGACCAGCUGUGUCACGUCAAGGGAUACAGAAACGUCAUCAUCGGGAAAUAAUACGACUAAUAAUGCUAAUAAUACUCUGAAGCCAGAGCUGUUCCCCAGCCGACAUGCUUUCAUACUCCUGUUUAUCCUGAUUGCUUCUAUUGUUUUGAAUGUGAACGCUUCGUACUCAUUAAGGCUAAUCCAACCUGCGCAUGCACAACCUGUGAUAUGUGCAGUGAUCUGAAGUGAUAGAGAGCAUUUUAGGUACUAUGUACUACUUUUAUGCUUCUUUUUAAGCGCCACGAUUAAAAGACUUUUUCACGCAA